AUGGAUACCAGACUCAACCGGCCUCUCCAAAACUUGGACGACUGGCGUGGAAGUUAUUCCAUAGGAAGCGUGAGCUCGACGGAGCUCGACAAAAUGGAGGCAAUCCUCCAAAUAGUUGGCAUCAUACACAAUCUUCCCUGCUGGAACAGCCAAGAUUGGGUAGAAGACGCUCUCAGAUAUCUCAAAUAUUGA